UGUCGGUUCUCGGUGCAGCUGUGCGGUGAAGAUGAACGCGCCUCCCGCCUUCGAGUCGUUCCUGUUGUUUGAAGGAGAGAAGAAGAUCAGCAUCACUAAAGACACCAAAGUCCCCAACGCCUGUUUGUUCACCCUCAACAAGGAGGACCACACGCUGGGCAACAGCAUCAGAGCUCAGCUGUUGAAGGAUCCUCAGGUUCUGUUUGCUGGUUAUAAAGUUCCUCAUCCUCUGGAACACAAGAUCGUCAUCAGGGUGCAGACCACACCUGACUACAGCCCACAGGAAGCGUUUACGAAUGCCAUCACUGACCUCAUUAGCGAGCUCUCUCUGCUGGAGGAACGCUUCAGAGUCGCCAUCAAGGACAAACAGGAAGGGAUUGAGUGAAGCUCCACCCUCUGAUGACCCCACUUUCUGUUUGAGUUUUGCUUUAUUUUUGUAAAUAAAACAUGUGAUGUCACAA